UUUGUGGGGGUCACACACCUGGACGAGGUUAUUAUGGGAUAUAACUGCACCGUGUUUGCCUACGGUCAGACAGGAACCGGGAAGACCUUCACCAUGGAGGGGGAGCGGACUCCGAACGCGCAGUUGACCUGGGAGGAGGACCCGCUGGCCGGCAUCAUCCCCCGGACGCUGCACCAGAUCUUCGAGAAGCUCAGCGAGAACGGCACCGAGUUCUCCGUCAAGGUUUCUCUGCUGGAGAUCUACAUUGAGGAGCUGUUCGACCUGCUGAGCCCCACCGAGGACGUCGACGAGCGCCUGCAGCUGUUUGACGACCCCCGCAACAAGCACGGUGUGGUGGUGAAGGGGCUGGAGGAGGUGGUGGUCCACAACAAGAACGAGGUUUACCAGAUCCUGGAGCGAGGAGCAGCCAAGAGGCGGACGGCCUCCACCCUGAUGAACGCCUACUCCAGCCGCUCCCACUCCGUGUUCUCCGUCACCAUCCACAUGAAGGAGAUCACCCUGGAUGGCGAGGAGCUGGUGAAGAUCGGCAAGCUCAACCUGGUGGACCCUGCCGGCAGCGAGAACAUCGGCCGCUCUGGAGCUAUGGGCCAGCGGGCCUGCGAGGCCGGGAACAUCAACCAGUCGCUGCUGACGCUGGGCCAGGUCAUCACCGCCCUGAUGGAGAAGAGGUCCCACGUCCCGUACAGAGAGUCCAAACUCACCAGGAUCCUGCAGGAUUCGCUGGGCGGACGCACUAAGACCUCCAUCAUCGCCACCGUGUCGCCGUCCUCCAGCAACCUGGAGGAGACGCUGAGCACGCUGGCGUACGCCAGCCGAGCCAAGAACAUCAUCAACAAACCCGAGGUCAACCAGAAGCUCACCAAGCGGACCCUGAUCAAGGAAUACAUGGAGGAGAUCGAGCAGCUCAAACGGGACCUGGCUGCCACCCGAAAGAAAAAACGUGUUUUCCUUCCAUCAGAGAAAUAUGAGAACAUGGUGACCCAGAUCACGGCUCAGGAGGAGCAGAUCGUCAUGAUGGAGGAGGAGCUCAAGAAGGUGAAUGAUCUGUUCCUGGACAGUAAGAGCCAGCUGGAGCAGUGCAGCAUAGACCUGGAUGAGAAGCAGCAGAGGCUGGAGGAGACCAGCAGGCAUCUGGAGAAGACCAAGGAGAAGCUAGUGGAGGAGGAGAUCGUCUGCUCGGAGCUCAGCUCGGCCCACGAGUCGUUGUACAGCGCCGUCGGACAGCUGCUGAGCGCCGUCGGUGAGAGCACCGGCGACGUGUCGGGUCUCCACGCCAAGCUGGACCGCAAGACCAAGGUGGAGCAGCACAACAUGCAGAUGCAGCAGAGCUUCUCCCAGAAGAUGGACGGCGCCUUCAGCAGCCUGCAGCGCAGCGUGCAGCAUUACGGCGCCGCCCACGACCGCAUGCUGACCGGCUACAUCCACACCGUCGACGGCCUGCUGGUGGGGAACGAGGCCAUGCUGCGGGGCGCCCUGGUUGCUGUGGAAACGCUGGUGGGCAGACUCCAGGCGCUGGUGGCGGACGGCGCCGCCUGCUGCCGGGAGAAGGUGGAGCGGCACGAGGCGCUGACCCGGGAGCAGAGGGAGGUUCUGCUGCAGCUGCUGGAGGAGCACCAUCAGGAGGUGCAGGAUGUUCUGGACGUGCGGACGCUGCCGGGUCUGACCGCCAUCAGGGAGCUCAGUGACGCCCUGCAGGUUUCCAUGGAGACGCAGCGGGAUCUGGCCGAUCAGGUGGAGGCGAUGAAGGAGACCGGAGUCUUCCUCAGGGCUCUGGUUCUGGACCUGGCGGCGCUGCGUCAGGACGCUCGGACCGGACUGAGCGCGCUCCAGGAGGAGCAGGAGCGGCUGAAGGAGCAGAUCCAACAGGCCCAGGAGGGCCACCAGCAGGGGAUGAACCGGACCAUAAAGGUCCUGCAGAACCAGAUGAACCUGGUUACCAUGGAAACCCAGCAGGACUACAGCGAGCUGCACUUGGCCUCCAGUACCCUGCAGGGCCCGAUUGAGGAGCUGCAGCAGAACCCCAGCAGCCGCUGCGGCACGGUGGAGCAGCGUUCUUCGUCGCAGGCGGAGCGUCUGCUCUCCUCCUCCUCCUCUCUGCUGCGCCAGGCGGCCCGUCAGAACCGGGUUGUGCUGGAGGAGAUGAGCGACCGCUCUUCGGACCUCCACGGCGCUGUGUCAGGCCUGGUGGACCGGGACGCAGAGUGGACCUCCAGAACCAGGGAGCAGGCGGCCCGCCGGGCCCAGGACCAGCUGGUUCUGAUGGAGCAGCUGGCAGAAAAGGCCCAGAGUCUCAAUCAGGGUGUGGAGACUCGAGGGGCCGCCGAGGCGGACCUGAGAGGCCGGCAGGAGGAGAACCGGCAGGUUCUGACGGAUGUCCAGAAGCAGAUGGGUUUGGACCAGGCGGUUCUGGAGCGGCAGCGGGCGGAGCUGCAGGAACAGCUGGAUGCGGGUCAGCAGCUGGUCCGAAGGUUCCUGCCGCAGGAGCUGCAGCAGGACGUUCCUACUGGUGUGACUCCUCGGCGCCGGGGGUUUGUUUAUGGAAGGCUUCUGAAGAAGAGCGUCAAGCGCAGCAAGCUGCCGAGGAUGAGGCAGAAGGAGGCGGAGGAGGAGGACAGGCAGAGCAAGGACUCCCUGGAGAACGAUCUCAGCUCCUGCUGCAAGAAUCUGGCCGCCGAGCCGCCCUUCGUCGACGAGAAGAAGAAGACACUCCUUCACUCGGCUGUCAGACCGCGGAGAGACGCUUCUGUCUGCGGCCACCAUGGCUUCCUUUAGCGGUACCGGAGGGAGGCGAGAGGAGAAGGGCCGCAAUAUCCAGGUGGUGGUCCGGUGCAGGCCUUUCGACACCAUGGAGCACAGGUCGUCUCACAGAGUCAUCGACUGCGACCAGAGCAGGAAUGAGGUGCUGGUCAGGACAGGCACGACAAGUCCUCCAGGAAGACCUACACCUUCGACAUGGUUUUCGGCCCGGCUGCGAAGCAGAUCGAUGUCUACCGCAGCGUGGUGUGUCCCAUCCCGGACGAGCCCCCAUGAAUCUGUUGCAGGUCUUGGGUGGAGGGACAGGCAAACAGAUGCAGAUAACCUGUUUUAACAGGAAAAGAACAAAUGAGCCACAGGAGACGGUGUUGCUGUGCUGGUAGCUCUCAUCCGAAUUUAAUCCAGAUUAUAACAAUAAAGUC